UUGUGUGCGCGCGCAACCUCUGGAUGAGAGACGAAAGACUAUGAUCGAACAUACGUUCCAAUAGUCUCUCUUCAAUCGACCGACCAUGAUCUUAAGCGCAGUGUCGAAAGCAACCGCCAGCGCCUUGAGAGGCACCAAAUCUCUCUUGCAGAAUGAAGUGGCGAAAGUUUCGAGCGUUCUCGCCGUUAACAAAAGGGACUAUGCGGUCAAAGCUGCAGCUGCACCCAAGGGUGGUGCACAAGGGAAGGUAGUUGCUGUCAUCGGUGCUGUUGUUGAUGUACAAUUUGACGACGCUCUUCCCCCUAUCCUUAAUGCAUUGGAGGUACAGAAUCGUACACCCAGGCUGGUACUCGAAGUUGCUCAGCAUCUUGGAGAAAACACGGUGCGCACCAUCGCUAUGGACGGUACGGAAGGCCUGGUACGUGGUCAGAACGUUUUUGACUCUGGAUUUCCUAUUCGUAUUCCUGUGGGAGCCGAGACUUUAGGCCGCAUCAUCAAUGUUAUCGGUGAACCCAUUGACGAGCGUGGACCCAUCCCUACGGACAAGCUGGCCGCUAUUCAUGCAGACGCUCCCGAAUUCGUAGACAUGUCUGUUGAACAAGAGAUUCUAGUCACGGGCAUCAAAGUCGUGGAUUUACUGGCUCCUUAUGCCAAAGGUGGAAAAAUCGGCCUAUUUGGCGGUGCUGGAGUCGGCAAAACUGUACUCAUCAUGGAACUGAUCAACAACGUGGCUAAAGCCCACGGUGGUUAUUCGGUGUUUGCCGGCGUGGGUGAGAGGACCCGCGAGGGUAAUGAUCUUUAUCACGAGAUGAUCGAAUCCGGUGUUAUUUCUCUCAAGGACAAGACUUCUAAGGUAGCGCUAGUGUACGGACAGAUGAACGAGCCGCCUGGUGCUCGCGCCCGCGUAGCUCUCACUGGACUCACCGUUGCCGAGUACUUCCGUGAUCAGGAAGGUCAGGACGUGCUGCUAUUUAUUGAUAACAUCUUCAGGUUUACUCAGGCUGGUUCCGAGGUAUCUGCUUUGUUGGGUCGUAUUCCAUCCGCUGUAGGUUAUCAACCUACGUUAGCCACCGACAUGGGUACCAUGCAAGAGCGUAUCACCACGACGAAGAAAGGAUCCAUCACCUCUGUUCAAGCUAUUUAUGUGCCUGCCGAUGAUUUAACUGAUCCUGCUCCUGCCACCACCUUCGCUCACUUGGAUGCUACAACUGUGUUGUCGCGUGCCAUUGCCGAAUUAGGCAUUUAUCCAGCUGUUGACCCUCUUGACUCUACAUCUCGUAUUAUGGACCCCAACAUUAUUGGCACGGAACAUUAUAAUAUCGCCCGUGGUGUACAAAAGAUCCUCCAGGAUUAUAAAUCACUACAGGAUAUCAUUGCAAUCUUGGGUAUGGACGAAUUGUCAGAAGAAGACAAGCUUACGGUUGCGCGCGCGCGUAAAAUACAGAGAUUCUUGUCCCAGCCAUUCCAGGUCGCUGAAGUGUUCACUGGCCAUGCUGGUAAACUAGUACCAUUACAAGAAACCAUCAAAGGAUUCCAGAAGAUUUUGGGCGGAGAAUUGGAUCACUUGCCAGAAGUAGCGUUCUACAUGGUCGGCCCAAUUGAGGAAGUAGUAACUAAAGCAGAAUCAUUAGCCAAACAAUAAAGUAACUUACAGUCAUCGUAAAAACGUUAAAAUACUAUACUGAAUCAUCUUUUAUUUAUGAAAGCAACCUUUUAACGAAAUUUGCAUUUUCUUAUCAUUUUUAUUAUAAGAUUUAAAGAACAAGUAUUAAAAGUAUUCAAGUAACAAAGUAUGAAAGAUAAGCGAAAGUACAUAAAAAAGAUGUUAACAAAAUCUUUAUCGCGAUAUAUUGUAAUACAAGAUUUGUUACCGUAAUUAUUAAUUUUAAAGGGUUGCUUUAUGUUUUACUUUUUAUUACAAAGGCUCGUAAGAAAUUAGAAACAUUAUUCAAUUUUCUGCAUACAUUAACAUACACUACUUCUGGACUUUCUCUACAGAUCUAAUUAAUAUGAUUGAGUUAUUACAAAAUAACAUGUACUGCAAAAUCACGAUGUAUAUGUUAGAUAUUAAUAAAAGUUUUACAAAAACA